AUGAAACUCAAUCUGCUCAGGCUAUCAGCAUGGGCUGCUCUAGCCAAUUCGGUGCUGGCCAAGCAGCCAAACAUCCUCUUCAUCAUCACUGACGACCAGGAUGGACACAUGGGAUCGGUCGAGCAUAUGCCUCUGCUCAAAAAGCACUUAAUCGACAAGGGAACCUCUUACGAAAACCACUUCUGCACAAUUGCCAUCUGCUGUCCUUCAAGAGUCAAUCUCUGGACUGGAAGAGCUGCUCACAAUACCAAUGUCACUGAUGUCGGCCCGCCUUAUGGAGGUUACCCUAAGAUCGUCAAGGAAGGUAUCAAUGAUGACUAUCUUCCUUUGUGGAUGCAGGCUGCUGGAUACAACACAUAUUAUACCGGCAAGCUCUGGAACGCGCACACUAUCAACAAUUACGACCAGCCUUUUGUCAAGGGCUACAAUGGCUCUGACUUCCUGCUGGAUCCUUUCACCUACGAUUACUGGCACGCAAGAAUGACCAGAAAUGGGGAGACACCAAAGGACUACUCGGGUCAAUACUCGCCCGAUGUGGUGGCUGACAAGGCGUAUGGCUUCCUUGAAGAGGCCAUCGAAGGCGAUGCCCCUUGGUUUGUCACGGUCGCACCUAUCGCUCCUCACAGCAAUAUUGUUGCGCAUCCACCUAGCGGUCGUCUAAACGAACUCGAAGUGCUCGCCCCUGGUGCCGUCAAUAAGUUUGCGAUUCCUGAAUAUGCUCCACGUCACGCACAUCUGUUCAAGGAUUACAGAAUUCCUAGAACUGAAGACUUCAAUCCUGAAGAGGCCAGUGGAGCAAGUUGGAUAGCUCAACUACCCAGACUCAACGACACGAACAUCGAGUACAAUGAUGAGUUUCAGCGUGCUAGGCUUCGCGCACUGCAGUCAGUCGACGAGAUGAUUGAGCGUUUGGUCAAUCUUCUCGACUCUAAGGGUGUCCUCGAUGACACUUAUGUCUUCUUCACCACUGACAAUGGUUUCCAUGCUAGUCAGCAUCGCAUGCAACCCGGCAAAGAGUGCGGCUACGAUACUGAUAUCCACAUCCCAUUGGUUGUCCGCGGACCAGGCAUUGCUGCAGGCGCAACCAAAGACAUCGUAACUUCCCAUACCGACAUGGCACCGACCUUACUCUCUCUUGCCGGCGCAACUCGCAACGACUUUGACGGCUUAGCCAUACCCAUACUCGACAACAAUACAUCGCCUCGCGGCGAACACGUCAACGUCGAGUUCUGGGGCAUCGGACUGCCAGAAGGAAAAUUCGGCAUCGCGGAACCACACGGAGGACUCUCUUACGCAAACAACACAUACAAAGCUUUGCGGCUCGUAAGCGCCAAUUACAGUCUCUACUACUCCGUUUGGUGCACUGGCGAACACGAAUUCUACGACUUGCACACUGAUCCAUACCAGAUGCACAAUUUCUUCGCCGAUCCAAAGUUAGCAAGGGAUUACUCCCUCGCUGGUCGUUCAUGGCAGCAAUUAAUCUAUCGUCUGGAUGCUCUGCUGCUGGUUCUCAAAACAUGCAAGACGACCACUUGCAUCAAACCAUGGUCUUCUCUGCAUGACAACAGCAGUGUAGAAACACUCACGCAAGCACUAAACCCAGAGUUUGAUGCUUACUACAUCAAACACCCCAAAGUAGGCUUCUCGUCUUGCGAAUUGGGGUAUAUCCCAGAAGCAGAAGGAAACGUCGAUCACAUCCCCUUUGCUGCUGCGGGUGUGGAAUGGACACUCGCGGCCGAGCAACCCGCACUAAAAGGUCAGGAGCCUUUCAAGUACAGAGGCAGCUGGAGCGAUUGGGUGUGA